AUGGGUUCCUAUGGGUUCCUAUGGGUUCCUAUGGGGUUCCUAUGGGUCCCUAUGUGUCCCUAUGUGUUCCUAUGGGUCCCUAUGUGUCCCUAUGGGUUCCUAUGUGUCCCUAUGGGUUCCUAUGGGUCACUGUGGGGUUCAUAUGUGUCCCUAUGUGUCCCUAUGGCUCCCUAUGGCUCCCUAUGGGUCCCUAUGGGUUCCUAUGGGUUUUCUAUGGGUCCCUAUGGGUCCGUAUGGGGUUCCUAUGUUUCCCUAUGGGGUUCCUAUGGGUCCCUAGGUGUCCCUAUGGGUUCCUAUGGGUCACUAUGGGGUUCCUAUGUGUCCCUAUGUGUCCCUAUGGGUUCCUAUGGGUUCCUAUGUGUCCCUAUGUGUCCCUAUGGGUUCCUAUGGGUUCCUAUGUGUCCCUAUGUGUCCCUAUGGGUUCCUAUGGGUUCCUAUGUGUCCCUAUGUGUCCCUAUGUGUCCCUAUGGGUCCCUAUGGGUCCCUAUGUGUCCCUAUGUGUCCCUAUGGGUCCCUAUGGGUCCCUAUGUGUCCCUAUGUGUCCCUAUGGGUCCCUAUGUGUCCCUAUGUGUCUCUAUGUUUCCCUAUGGGUCCCUAUGGGUCCCUAUGGGUCCCUAUGGGUCCCUAUGUGUCCCUAUGGGUCCCUAUGGGCUGACGUGUGCUUGUUGUGGGUCUGUGCCGCGCAGUGGGGCUGCUGGAUCACCCCUGGUUCCACGGCACGCUGUGUCUAUGGGGUUCCCAUGGGGUUCCUAUGGGGUUUGGGGUCCCUGUGUGUCCCUAUGGGUCCCUAUGUGUCCCUAUGGGUUCCUAUGGGUUCCUAUGGGUUCCUAUGGGUUCCUAUGGGUCCCUGUGUGUCCCUAUGUGUCCCUAUGUGUCCCUAUGGGUUCCUAUGGGUCCCUAUGGGUCCUUAUGGGUCCCUGUGUGUCCCUAUGGGUCCCUAUGGGUCCGUAUGGGAUUCCUAUGUUUCCCUAUGGGGUUCCUAUGGGUCCCUAGGUGUCCCUAUGGGUUCCUAUGGGUCACUAUGGGGUUCGUAUGUGUUCCUGUGUGUCCCUAUGGGUUCCUAUGUGUUCCUAUGUGUCCCUAUGUGUCCCUAUGGGUUCCUAUGUGUCCCUAUGUGUCCCUAUGGGUUCCUAUGUGUCCCUAUGUGUCCCUAUGGGUCCCUAUGGGUUCCUAUGUGUCCCUAUGGGUUCCUAUGGGCUCCAAUGGGGUUCCUAUGGGUCCCUAUGUGUCCCUAUGUGUCCCUAUGUGUCCCUAUGGGUCCGUGUGUGUCCCUAUGGCUUCUUAUGGGUUCCUAUGGGUUCCUAUGUGUCCCUAUGCGUCCCUAUGGUCCCUAUGGGUCCCUAUGGGUCCUUAUGUGUCCCUAUGUGUCCCUAUGGGUCCCUGUGUGUCCCUAUGUGUCCCUAUGUGUCCCUAUGGGUCCCUAUGGGUCCCUAUGGGUCCCGUGGGGCUGACGUGUGCUUGUUGUGGGUCUGUGCCGCGCAGUGGGGCUGCUGGAUCACCCCUGGUUCCACGGCACGCUGUGUCUAUGGGGUUCCCAUGGGGUUCCUAUGGGGUUUGGGGUCCCUGUGUGUCCCUAUGUGUCCCUAUGUGUUCCUAUGGGUCCCUAUGUGUCCCUAUGGGUUCCUAUGGGUCACUGUGGGGUUCAUAUGUGUCCCUAUGUAUCCCUAUGGCUCCCUAUGGGUCCCUAUGUGUCCCUAUGGGUUCUUAUGGGUCUGUGUGUGUCCCUAUGUGUCCCUAUGGGUCCCUAUGUGUCCCUAUGGGUUCCUAUGGGUCACUGUGGGGUUCAUAUGUGUCCCUAUGUAUCCCUAUGGCUCCCUAUGGGUCCCUAUGUGUCCCUAUGGGUUCUUAUGGGUCUGUGUGUGUCCCUAUGUGUCCCUAUGGGUCCCUAUGUGUCCCUAUGGGUUCCUAUGGGUCCCUAUGUGUUCCUAUGGCUUCCUAUGGGUCCCUAUGUGUCCCUAUGGGUCCCUAUGGGUCCCUAUGUGUCCCUAUGUGUCUCUAUGGGUCCCUAUGGGUCCCUGUGUGUCCCUAUGUGUCCCUAUGGGUUCCUAUGGGUCCCUAUGUGUCUCUAUGUGUCCCUAUGGGUUCCUAUGGGUUCCUAUGGGUCCCUAUGUGUCCCUAUGUGUCCCUAUGUGUUCCUAUGGGUUCCUAUGGGUCCCUAUGUGUCCCUAUGGGUCCCUAUGUGUCCCUAUGUGUCCCUAUGGGUUCCUAUGGGUCACUAUGGGGUCCCUAUGUGUCCCUAUGGGUCCCUAUGUGUCCCUAUGGGUCCCUAUGGCUUCCUAUGGGUUCCUAUGUGUCCCUAUGUGUCCCUAUGUGUCCCUAUGGGUCCCUAUGUAUCCCUAUGGGUCCCUAUGUGUCCCUAUGUGUCCCUAUGGGUCCCUAUGUGUCCCUAUGGGUCUCUAUGGGUCCCUAUGGGUCCCUGUGUGUCCCUAUGUGUCCCUAUGGGUCCCUAUGGGUCCCUAUGUGUCCCUAUGGGUCCCUGUGUGUCCCUAUGUGUCCCUAUGUGUCCCUAUGGGUCCCUAUGGGCUGACGUGUGCUUGUUGUGGGUCUGUGCCACGCAGUGGGGCUGCUGGAUCACCCCUGGUUCCACGGCACGCUGUGUCUAUGGGGUUCCCAUGGGGUUCCUAUGGGGUUUGGGGUCCCUGUGUGUCCCUAUGGGUCCCUAUGUGUCCCUAAGGCUUCCUAUGGGUUCCUAUGUGUCCCUAUGUGUCCCUAUGGGUUCCUAUGUGUCCCUAUGUGUCCCUAUGGGUCCCUAUGUGUCCCUAUGUGUCCCUAUGGGUUCCUAUGUGUCCCUAUGGGUUUCCUAUGGGUCCCUAUGUGUCCCUAUGUGUCCCUAUGGGUUCCUAUGUGUCCCUAUGGGUCCCUAUGUGUCCCUAUGUGUCCCUAUGUGUCCCUAUGGGUCCCUCUGUGUCCCUAUGUGUCCCUAUGGGUCCCUAUGUGUCCCUAUGGGUCCCUAUUGGUUCCUAUGUGUCCCUAUGUGUCCCUAUGUGUCCCUAUGUGUACCUAUGUGUCCCUAUGGGUCCCUAUGGGUCCCUAUGUGUCCCUAUGGGUCCCUAUGGGUUCCUAUGUGUCCCUAUGGGUCCCUAUGGGUCCGUAUGGGGUUCCUAUGUUUCCCUAUGGGGUUCCUAUGGGUCCCUAGGUGUCCCUAUGGGUUCCUAUGGGUCACUAUGGGGUUCCUAUGUGUCCCUAUGUGUCCCUAUGGGUUUCCUAUGUGUCCCUAUGUGUCCCUAUGUGUCCCUAUGGGUUCCUAUGUGUCCCUAUGUGUCCCUAUGGGUCCCUAUGGGUUCCUAUGUGUCCCUAUGGGUUCCUAUGGGCUCCAAUGGGGUUCCUAUGGGUCCCUAUGUGUCCCUAUGUGUCCCUAUGGGUCCGUGUGUGUCCCUAUGGCUUCUUAUGGGUUCCUAUGGGUCCCUAUGUGUCCCUAUGUGUCCCUAUGUGUCCCUAUGUAUCCCUAUGGGUCCCUAUGUGUCCCUAUGUGUCCCUAUGGGUCCCUAUGGUUCCCUCUGUGUUCCUAUGUGUCCCUAUGGGUUCCUAUGUGUCCCUAUGUGUUCCUAUGGGUCCCUAUGUGUCCCUAUGGGUUCCUAUGUGUCCCUAUGGGUUCCUAUGGGUCACUGUGGGGUUCAUAUGUGUCCCUAUGUGUCCCUAUGGCUCCCUAUGGGUCCCCAUGUGUCCCUAUGGGUCCCUAUGUGUCCCUAUGGGUUCCUAUGGGUCCCUAUGUGUUCCUAUGGCUUCCUUUGUGUCCCUAUGUGUCCCUAUGGGUCCCUAUGUGUCCCUAUGUGUCCCUAUGGGUUCCUAUGGGUCCCUAUGGGUUCCCUAUGGGUCCCUAUGUGUCCCUAUAGGUUUCUAUGUGUCCCUGUGUGUCCCUAUGGGGUUCCUAUGGGUUCCUAUGUGUCCCUAUGUGUCCCUAUGGGUUCCUAUGUGUCCCUAUGUGUCCCUAUGGGUUUCCUAUGGGUCCCUAUGUGUCCCUAUGUGUCCCUAUGUGUCCCUAUGGGUCCCUAUGUGUCCCUAUGGGUCCCUAUGUGUCCCUAUGGGUCCCUGUGUGUCCCUAUGGGUCCCUAUGUGUCCCCAUGUGUCCCUAUGGGUCCCUAUGGGUCCCGUGGGGCUGACGUGUGCUUGUUGUGGGUCUGUGCCGCGCAGUGGGGCUGCUGGAUCACCCCUGGUUCCACGGCACGCUGUGUCUAUGGGGUUCCCAUGGGGUUCCUAUGGGGUUUGGGGUCCCUGUGUGUCCCUAUGGGUCCCUAUGUGUUCCUAUGGGUUCCUAUGGGGUUCCUAUGGGUCCCUAUGUGUCUCUAUGUGUCCCUAUGGGUUCCUAUGGGUUCCUAUGGGUCACUAUGGGGUUCCUAUGGGUCCCUAUGUGUCCCUAUGUGUCCCUGUGUGUCCCUAGGGGGCCCUAUGUGUUCCUAUGGGUUCCUAUGUGUCCCUGUGGGUUCCUAUGGGUCCCUGUGUGUCCCUAUGGGUCCCUAUGUGUCCCUAUGUGUCCCUAUGGGUCCCUAUGGGUCCCUAUGGGCUGACGUGUGCUUGUUGUGGGUCUGUGCCGCGCAGUGGGGCUGCUGGAUCACCCCUGGUUCCACGGCACGCUGUGUCUAUGGGGUUCCCAUGGGGUUCCUAUGGGGUUUGGGGUCCCUGUGUGUCCCUAUGGGUCCCUAUGUGUCCCUAUGGGUUCCUAUGGGUUCCUAUGGGUUCCUAUGGGGUUCCUAUGGGUCCCUAUGUGUCCCUAUGUGUUCCUAUGGGUCCCUAUGUGUCCCUAUGGGUUCCUAUGUGUCCCUAUGGGUUCCUAUGGGUCACUGUGGGGUUCAUAUGUGUUCCUAUGUGUCCCUAUGGCUCCCUAUGGCUCCCUAUGGGUCCCUAUGGGUUCCUAUGGGUCCCUAUGGGUUCCUAUGUGUCCCUAUGUGUCCCUAUGGGUUCCUAUGUGUCCCUAUGUGUCCCUAUGGGUUUCCUAUGGGUCCCUAUGUGUCCCUAUGUGUCCCUAUGUGUCCCUAUGGGUCCCUAUGGGUCCCUAUGGGUCCCUAUGUGUCCCUAUGGGUCCCUGUGGGUCCCUAUGUGUCCCUAUGGGUCCCUAUGGGUCCCUAUGUGUCCCUAUGGGUCCCUAUGGGUUCCUGUGGGUCCCUAUGGGUCCCUAUGGGUCCCUAUGGGUUUCGUAUGGGGUUCCUAUGUUUCCCUAUGGGGUUCCUAUGGGUCCCUUGUGUCCCUAUGGGUUUCCUAUGGGUCCCUAUGUGUCCCUAUGUGUCCCUAUGGGUCCCUAUGGGUCCCUAUGUGUCUCUAUGUUUCCCUAUGGGUCCCUAUGUUUCACUAUGGGUCCCUAUGUGCCCCUAUGUGUCCCUAUGGGUUCCUAUGGGUCCCUAUGGGUCCUUAUGGGUCCCUGUGUGUCCCUAUGUGUCCCUAUGUGUCCCUAUGUGUCCCUAUGGGUCCCUCUGUGUCCCUAUGUGUCCCUAUGGGUCCCUAUGUGUCCCUAUGGGUUCCUAUGUGUCCCUCUGUGUCCCUAUGUGUCCCUAUGGGUCCCUAUGGGUCCCUAUGUUUCACUAUGGGUCCCUAUGUGCCCCUAUGUGUCCCUAUGGGUUCCUAUGUGUCCCUAUGUGUCCCUAUGGGUCCCUAUGGGUCCUUAUGUGUCCCUAUGUGUCCCUAUGUGUCCCUAUGUGUCCCUAUGUGUCCCUGUGUGUCCCUAUGGGUCCCGUGGGGCUGACGUGUGCUUGUUGUGGGUCUGUGCCGCGCAGUGGGGCUGCUGGAUCACCCCUGGUUCCACGGCACGCUGUCGCGGCUGCGUGCGGCGCAGUUGGUGCUGGCGGGCGGCGCCGGGGCGCACGGCGUUUUCCUGGUGCGGCAGAGCGAGACGCGGCGCGGGGAAUUCGUGCUCACCUUCAACUUCCAGGGCAAGGCCAAGCACCUGCGGCUGUCGCUGAACGAGGAGGCGCAGUGCCGGGUUCAGCACCUGUGGUUCCAGAGCAUCUUCGACAUGCUGGAGCAUUUUCGGGUCCAUCCCAUCCCAUUGGAAUCGGGGGGCACCAGCGACGUCACCCUGGUCAGCUACGUGGUGGCUGCCCAGAGACCCCCGGAUUACCAUGGGACGCCCCCACCAGGCCGGGAGCGCUCCGGAAGUCGCUGCGACGCCGCCCCAGAGGCCGAGCACCUCCCAUAGGGGGGCCGCAUCGUGGAUUAUGGACCCCCCAAACCGGAGUAAGGCCUCCAACCCGGAUUAUGGGGACCCCAACCCGGAUUAUGGGCAUCUCAAUCUGGAUUAUGGACACCCCAACCCGGAUUAUGGGCAUCUCAAUCCGGAUUAUGGACACCCCAACCCGGAUUAUGGGCAUCUCAAUCCGGAUUAUGGACACCCCAACCCGGAUUAUGGGCUCACACCCCAGAUUAUGGGCACCAAGACCCAGAUUAUGGACCCCCAGACCCAGGUUAUGGACACCAUGACCCAGAUUACGGGCAUAUCAAUCCAGAUUAUGGACACCAAGACCCGGAUUAUGGGCUCGCAUCCCAGAUUAUGGGCACCUGAACUCGAAUUAUGGGCACCACAACCCGGAUUAUGGGCCUGUCAGUCCUGAUUAUGGGCUCACACAAUGGAUUAUGGGCAACUCAACCCAGAUUAUGGUUUGACAUCCCAGAUUAUGGGCGUAUCAUCCCGGAUUAUGGGCAUCUCAACCUGGAUUAUGGACACCCCUACCCAGAUUAUGGGCACCUCAACUCGAAUUAUGGACAUCCUGACCCAGAUUGUGGUCAUCCUGACCCAGAUUAUGGGCUCAAACCCUGGAUUAAGGGCACCCUGACCCGCAUUAUGGGCAGUUCAAUCUGAACUAUGGGCUCACAUCCCAGAUUAUGGGCACCCCAACCGGGAUUAUGGACACCCCACCCCGGAUUAUGGUCUCCUUCACCCGGAUUAUAGGCACCCUGACCCAGAUUAUGGGCAUCUGAGUCCAGAUUAUGGUCUCCCCAACCCAGAUUAUGGGUGCCUCAAUUCCAAUUAUGGACACAUCAACCCAGAUUAUGGGUGCUUCGACCCAGAUUAUGUGCUCACGCCCCGGAUUAUUGGCACACCAAUCCAGAUUAUGGGCAUCUCAAUCCGGAUUAUGGACACCCUGACGCAGACUAUGGGCACCCUGACCCGGAUUUUGGGCACCUCAACUCGGAUUAUGGACAUCCUGUCCCAGAUUAUGGGCACCCCAUCCCGGAUUAUGGACAUCUCAAUCCGGAUUAUGGUCACUCCAACCCAGAUUAUGGGCGCAUCAACUCUGAUUAUGGACACCCUGACCCUGAUUAGGGGGUUAAACCCAGAUUAUGGGCAACCCAACCCAGAUUAUGGGCUCAAACCCAGAUUAUGGGCACCCCGACCCAGAUUAUGGGCUCAAAACUCGGAUUAUGGCCACCCCAACCCAGAUUAUGGGCUCGAACCUCGGAUUAUGGCCACCCCAACCCAGAUUAUGGGCUCAAACCUCGGAUUAUGGCCACCCCAACCCAGAUUAUGGGCUCGAACCUCGGAUUAUGGCCACCCCAACCCAGAUUAUGGGCUCAAAACUCAGAUUAUGGCCACCCCAACCCAGAUUAUGGGCUCAAAACUCGGAUUAUGGCCUCCCCAACCCAGAUUAUGGGCUCGAACCUCGUAUUAUGGGCACCCCAACCCAGAUUAUGGGCCCCCCAACUGGGAUUAGGGGCCCCUCAAUCCGGAUUAUGGGUUUAUACCCCAGAUUAUGGGCACCCUGACCCAUAUAACAGACACCCCAACCUGGAUUAUGGGCCCCUCAAUCCAGAUUAUGGAUCCCAGCCUUCCCCCCCCAAGGAAAAUAAGGCAAAAAACACCAAAAUGGGUGAAAGUGCCGUUUGUACAGAAGUGCAAUUUUCAAAGAAAAGGACAAAAAUGAA